AGGAAGUGAGAGAGGCUUUAAAAUAUUUUUUUGGGGGGGUAUUUUGUUUUAAACCAAACAACCCCAAAACAUUUCGCUGGGGAUCUGCUGCCUCCCUCCCCCAUGGUCCGUUAAAGAGUAUCUUCCCCCGGAGGACCCCCGUGUUUGUGCCUGGCGUGUGGCGCCCGCUUCUCAAAGGGGGGAAAAGUUCUUCCAAAAUAGUGUGCGCGGAGAAGAGGAUGGGGGAUUUUGCAACCCCCGCCGCUACCGCGAACGGCGGCAGCCUUUGCCUCAACAAUAACCUGAGCAGCAGCCUCGGCGGGGCCGGGAUCGGCGUGAACAACGCUCCCCACGGCCCUCCUCCCGGUAACAGCGCUACUCAUAGCGGCGGCGGCGGCACUAACGGGAGCAGCGGCGUUCCCAAGCACAGCACCGUGGUGGAGAGGCUGAGGCAGCGCAUCGAGGGCUGCAGGAGGCACCACGUCAACUGCGAGAACAGGUACCAGCAAGCCCAGGCCGAGCAGCUGGAGCUGGAGCGAAGGGACACGGUGAGCCUCUAUCAGAGGACCCUGGAGCAAAGGGCCAAGAAUCGGGGACCGGAGGCGGCGGCGGCAGCAAAGCAGCAGCAGCAGCACCCGAGCAGCAAGCAGCAACAAGAUGCCGAGUGUGCCACGGCCGAGCAGAGGAACCACACGCUGAUCAUGCUUCAAGAGACGGUGAAGAGAAAGUUGGAAGGAGCACGCUCACCCCUCAAUGGCGAACAGCAGAAUGGCGUCUGUGACAGUAGCUUCUCCCCAACCAGCAAGCGGAUACGGAAGGACGUACCUGGGAUUGAGGGAAUCAACAGCUUGCCCAAUAAUUUGCCUUUGCCUUCUAUUUCCCCUCUUCACCAGCUUGAUAUAAAACCAUCACUGCCCCUGCAGAACAGUGGAACUCAUGCUGGUGGUCUGGAUGACCUGGGUAAAAACGGUGGACUUCCAGAGAUAAAACUCCCAAUCAAUGGAUGCACAGAGCUUGAGGAUAGUUUUAACAUCCUGCACAACAACAGCAACAACAACAGCAAGGAGCUAAAACAAGAGCCUUUGGAUGAUCCUAGCUGCAUGGACAAUUCUGACACAUCACUUUCAAAUCAGAAUAAACUUUUUUCAGACAUUAACCUGAAUGAUCAAGAGUGGCAGGAGUUAAUAGAUGAGCUGGCUAACACUGUUCCAGAGGAUGACAUACAAGAUUUGUUCAAUGAAGACUUUGAAGAGAAAAAGGAGCCUGAAUUUCCCAGACCAGCCACUGAGAUUCAAGAGAGUGCGAGUGUUAAAAGUGACCCAUCUCACUCUCCAUUUGCCCAUGUUCCUCUUGGGUCUCCCCAGGUAAGGCCUUCUUCUUCAGGUCCGCCAUUUUCAAAUGUCCCUACAGCAUCUAGCAUACCUUCUGUCUCUAGUGCGCCCCCAGCUCCACUCUCUGACAGCUCACCAGCAAAUUGUGUGGUUCAGUCACCCCAGACUCCUAACCAAGCACAUACCCCAAGCCAAACUCAGUCAAGACCGGGUAAUGGUUAUCUCAUUAAUCCAACAACAGUGACAACAGCUGCCCCAGGGCCUGGCCAAGUGGCUGUGCCCAGCACUGACUUAUCUCCAGCUGAACAGCUUAAACAGAUGGCAGCACAGCAGCAGCAACGAGCUAAGCUCAUGCAGCAAAAGCAGCAGCAGCAGCAGCAGCAGCAGCAGCAGCAUCCAAAUCAAGCAUCUAGCUGGUCCCCAGUGGGGCCUCCAUCUAGUCCUUAUGGAGGACCCUUCAGUACAGACAAACCAAAUAGCCCAAUGAUGUAUCCCCAAGCCUUUAACAACCAAAACCCUGUAGUGCCUCCUACGGCAAGCAACCCACAAAAGACUACGAUGAAUAACUACCUCCCUCAAAACCACAUGAAUAUGAUCAGUCAGCAGCCAAAUAAUCUGGGUACAAACUCCUUGAGCAAACAAACCAAUAUGCUUUCUUAUGGCAACACUAAACCUCUGACUCAUUUCAAUGCUGACUUGAGUCAAAGAAUGACUCCACCGAUGGCCAAUCCCAGCAAGAAUCCUAUGAUGCCAUACAUGCAGCAGCAGCAGCAGCAGCAGCCCCAACAACCACAGAUGCAGGCUCAAAUGACGCACUUGAGUGAGGAGCAGAAACGCAUGCUUAUCAUGAAGCAGAAAGGAAUGAUGAACCAGACGAUGGCUUAUGGAACACUUCCCUCCCUUGGUCAGGACCAGCAUGCAGUGGGACUGUCUCGGUCCACAGGUCCCAUGCAGUCCUCAGUGCCACCGGGAUCCAGUAAUGUGGGCACAAGUUCGGUCAAUGCCAGCUUCUUGGCCGGACAGCCUCAGGCUGCCCUUAUGAAGCAGAUGCUGAUUGAGCAAAGGGCCCAGCUCCACAUGAUGGAACAGCAGAAGCAGCAGUUUCUACGAGAGCAGCGGCAACAGCAGCAGAUCUUGGCAGAACAGCAUUUGCAGCAGCAGCAGCAGCAGCAGCAGCAGUCGCAUCUGCCUCGGCAGCACCUCCAGCAACAGCAGAGGAACCCCUACCCUGUGCAGCAGGUCAAUCAGUUCCAAGGUUCCCCGCAGGAUAUAGCGGCAGUAAGAAACCAGGCAGCCCUUCAGAGCAUGAGGACUUCCCGAAUGAUGUCCCAGAACACCAGCAUGAUGACCAUGGGUGCCUCGCAAAACACUGGCGCAAUGUCUGCUGCAGCUGGCCAGUCCGAGAUGGGGAUGGCUCCCUACAGCAGCCCAGCGGCCGGCCAGCCAGGAAUGUCCAAUAUGAACACAGGAAUGAGCCAAAUGUUGCAGCACCCAAACCAAAGUAGCAUGAGCCUGGCACACAACCCAAGUCAGGGGCCGAGGCAGCCUACCUCGACACAAGGGGUUGGCAUGGUCAGUAGCUUUGGUCCAAACAUGUUGGUGAACUCUGCCAUAUCUCAACAACACCAGCAGAUGAAAGGACCUGUGGGCCAGGUUCUACCCAGACCACAAGCUCCUAGACUUCAAAACAUGAUGGGGCCUGUCCCACAAGGAGCACAGAACUGGCAGGCACGAGGCUUGCAAGGUAUCCCUGGAAGGACUAGCGGCGAAAUUGGACCUUUCAAUAAUGGUGCAGCUUACCCAAUGCAAUCUGCUCAGCCAAGGUUGCCUAAGCAACACUUCCCACAAGGCAUUAGUCAGUCUGUCAUGGACACAAGUGGAACAGUACGGACCCUGAAUCCAGCAAUGGGAAGGCAAAUGUUGCAACCACUCCCUGGACAACAAGGAACCAACAACCAAGCUAGACCAAUGGUUAUGCCUACAUUAAGCCAAGCAGUUCCCACUAUGGCUGGUUUUAACCAGUCCCCUGCACAACAGAUACCAGGGGGUAGCUUUGCUCAGAGCAGCCAAGGUCAGAUCUAUGAGAGGAAUCCCACUCAGGACAUAUCUUAUAGUUACAGCAAUGAAGGAGCUGGCGGUUCCUUUCCAAGUAUAGCAGACAGCACAGACCUCGUAGAUUCCAUCAUUAAAGGUGGGCCAGGAGAUGAGUGGAUGCAAGAACUUGAUGAGCUGUUUGGAAAUCCGUAGCACAUGGAGAUAUGUAUAGUUACAAACCUUUGUGGGGUCAGAAAAAGGAAAGCAGGAUGUUGCCCAUCCUUGUUUCUUUGUUUUGUUUUUAAAGCUGUGCAAAGCAAGCUGAUCUGUGGCUGAUUGUGGAAGGCAUGGAUGGAAUGUAAAGCAUUGAACAGAAGGCCUUGCUGGUGUCCUCACAGCAGUCUCCACCCCAUAGUCUGCCUGCUGCAGGUGGGAAUAAGACAAAGAGAAAGCAAGGGGCUCCAAAAAUUGCUACUUGCUGCCCAUGGGCUAUGGAAGAAGAUUGGUAGUCUCCACAUGGCAAGCACUGGCUGCCCCAUAACAAUAAACUUUCCACCACAGUUCUACUGGAACUGCUGUAGUGUCAGGAAAUUGCAGACAGGCGCUGACACAAAGGAAGGGGCACCUGAAAGAGAAAGAGAGGUCGGGAUCAGUACAGGUGCUAAACUCUGGGUUAAAGCAAAUGGCAAGUUUCUCCAUGUAGUUGUGUGUCUGAUUUGACCAGGAGUCAAGCAAAGGCUGCUUGGUUAUGGUUAUGACUAGACAUGGCCGCAGAUGAAUGGGUCCAUUCAAUGUGCUAUCAAGUCUCCUUGGGUGCAGAGAAAGUCCCCAUCUACAUAGUUUGCCAUUCCUGUGUUUCCUGUUUCCUCUAUAACCAAGUGACUCUUGAGUCACUUUUUAAGGAUGGGGGGAAAUACAGAGCUCUAGGACACACUAAGGCUGCAGUACAUAUAUUGCUCACUGAGAUAGCAGCUACCAAAGAUACAGAUGCAAAAGAAAGCACGCAUUAAAAAGGGAGAGGUUAUACGUAUUAAGAACUUGCAAACAGUGGUGUCCAGCUUGUUCUUUUCCUGAAAAUUCAAGAUGAAUAGGUGUUACCUGUGAGGGGUUGGGUUGCACAGGCAGAUGUCUUUGGGAGUUAAGGGAGAGGGGCUAGUAAUUCUCUUGGUGGUCAUACAUAGAAAUUAUUUAGGAGGAGCAGUGUCAACAUGUCUUUUGACAGGUUGGAAGCAAGUUUAUGCUUAACAUUCUCUAAUGGCUGGUCUUCUUUGUCAACCUUCCUACUAUGAACAUGAUAACACCAAGCUCUUUAUGAUGCCUAAACUAGUUUGUGACAAACACAAUAAGAAAGGAAAGGUCUUCCAUUCAGGUAAUUGCUGGAAGUAGUUGUAAAUAAAGUUACGACAUUCCAAAGGUCAAUCUUCAAAUAGAACUGUUGAAGCCACAGUUUUGUGUGGCUGGAGUCAUUUAUGUUGGUGGGAGUUGAAUAUGAUACCAUUUGCCUGUGUUUUAGAUACAGGCUUGGUAUUAAACACAUGUCACGUUUUCGGGCCUGAUUAUACAUUACAUGCGAAUGUGUAACCAAACUCCAGUGGUGCAUUCCAUAUUUCCCCUACCCCUGGAGAAACAGCAGAGAGAUGGAAUACUUGACCGUUUCCCCCCUGUUCUGUAGCGCACUCCAGUUUCGGUAGUGAUGCCC